AUGAUCUACUCAGAAACAGAUGUUUUAACUAAAAAUAUGCUCAAUUUAACAUUAAUGACUCUCUUUAGAACGUCUAGCUAUGCAAGAACUUCACUAUCCUAUCAUAUUAGGAAACCACAUUUUGUUUUUGUUAGGCCGGGAUCCCGUACUUUUUCCACCACAGUGAGCCAACACCCACUAACUUUCACGAAUAAACUAAAGAACUUUGUUAUCGGAACUGUCAGCGUCGUAUUUGGUGUCUCCUUUUUGGAAUAUUAUUUUGAUUCAAGGGCCGCUAUUCAUAAGUACUUUAUCACUCCAGUUCUGAGAACUGUAACUGAUGCUGAGACGAGUCAUAAACUUGCUAUAUGGGUGGCAAAAUGGGGCUUUUGUGCAAAAGAUAGACUUACGGACGAUGAAAAACUAGCAGUUAGAGCAUGGGGAAAAAAGUUUUCUAAUCCAAUCGGUUUAGCUGCUGGGUUCGAUAAGCAUGGUGAAGCCAUUGAUAGUCUUUUUGAUCUUGGGUUUGGUUAUGUAGAGAUCGGAAGUAUUACUCCUGAACCUCAG